AUGAUAAUUAAACGAUUUCUUCAUAUUAAAAAGGUUCCUAAACUUUACGGGAACCAAUUAUCUAAAUUCAAAUAUUCUAAAGAUAUACCAACCCAUGAAUUAUUAACUAAACUUGGAUUUAUAACUUAUCCAAGAUCAGGGUUAGUUAAUUGGUCAAAAUCAGGAUUAUUAAUCCAAAAUAAAAUAAGUUCAAUAAUUAGAUCAAGAAUGGAUGAAAUUGGAUUUGAAGAAUUAAGUUUAUCUUUAAUAAGUUAUAAAAAAUUAUGGCAAGAAACUGGACGAUGGGAUAAAUCUACCGAGAUAUUUAAACUUGAAGGUGAUGAAUAUUUAUUAGUACCUACAGCAGAAGAAGAAAUAACUGAUUAUAUUAAUAAAAAUUUAGAAAGUUAUAAACAAUUACCUAUUUUAAUGUAUCAAAUAAAUCCAAAAUUUAGAAAUGAAAAACGCCCAAGAGGUGGAUUAUUAAGAGGUAAAGAAUUUUUAAUGAAGGAUGCAUAUUCCUUUGAUUUAGAUGAAUCAAAUGCAAUGAACACUUAUGAAAAAGUAGUUGGUGCAUAUCAUAAGAUAUUUGGAGAUUUAAAAAUUCCUUAUGUUAAAGCACAAGCAGAUUCAGGAGAUAUUGGCGGUAGUUUAAGUCAUGAAUGGCAUUACAUCAAUGAAACGGGUGAGGACACAGUAUUUAAAUGUAAUGAAUGUAAUCAUACUUCAAAUGUUGAAAAAACUUUAUCUUAUCCUAAAGAUUAUGAUGAAUCUGCCGAAAUUUCUGUGAAAUAUUUCAUAACAACUGAUAAAUCAACUUUAAUUUGUGCUUAUUAUCCAAGUAAUAGAAUUAUUGAACCAAAAUUCAUUCAAAAUGAAAUCCCAGAUUUAGAUUUAAAUGAAACUAAUCAAGAUGAAAUCUUAAAAGAAUUUGAAACUGAAGAUUUAUCAAAACGAGUAAUUAGAAUAAUGGAUUCAAGAUUAACUUCUCGUUCAAGAUUUCCUGAUUUCCCUAUUGGGUUCAUUAAUCGUUCUUUAAUUACCACGUUAACAGAUAUACCAAUUGUAUUGGCUGAAGAAGGUGAAAUUUGUGCACAAUGUGAAGAUGGGGAAAUAUCAGCUCAAAAUGCCAUUGAAGUAGGUCAUACAUUUUAUCUUGGUGAUAAAUAUUCCAAACCAUUGAAUUGUAAUAUUGAUGUUCCAACUGCAGAAGGUGGAAUGAACAAACAAACAAUUAUGAUGGGAUGUUAUGGAAUUGGUAUUAGUAGAAUCAUAGCAGCUAUUGCCCAAAUCAAUCGUGAUUCCAAAGGAUUAAAUUGGCCAAGAAGUAUAGCUCCUUGGGAGGUCACUGCUGUUGAGAUUGGCCAAGACGAAGAAAGAACUAAGGAAGUGUUUAAAUUAUUAAAUCAUGGUAAGAUUGAUUAUAGACUUGAUGAUAGAAAUGAAUCCAUGGGUAAGAAAUUAAAACAAUCUAAUUUAAUGGGAAUUCCGUUAUCUAUAAUUUUAGGAAAACAUUAUCCAAUGGUUGAAAUUGAAGUAAGAGGUAAGAAAUACCAAGAUACCUGGAAACACGCAUACGAAAAACAUAAGGAUGAAUAUGAUUGGAAAGUUGAAUAUGAUGAUGGAAAUAAUGAUGUCAAACAUUAUGUUCAUAAAGAUGGUUUAAUUACAGUUGUAAAUAGUUUAUUAAAGGACAUGUAG